UCAUUCUCUUUUUGAUAAUUGUAAUUGUAGUAAAUGGCUGUGAAUGGAUCAACUUGUCGGUUUUUGCAACGAGUGCUUACCUCAGGCUAUGGUAUCCCAACUCAGUUGAAUAGACAUUUGUUUUGGACUCCAACUUCUUUUUUUAAACGUAGAAAUUGCUUUUCAACAGGUCAUUCUUCUAUUCUCUUGAGCACUGUAGCUUCGCAUAUUUUAGAACAAGAAGAAAUCAUCAACAGUUUUAUAAAAGACCCUGAAGAGUACAACGCAUUGAGUGAGUUUCCAAAAUACAAAAGAAACAACAAGUAUAAGACCAAUAGUCAGUCUUUGCUUGAAACUAAGGAUAACCAAGAUUUCGUGGCCGUGAAGAAGAAUCCUCGAAGUCAGUAUAAGAGAGGAAGAGUUGCCAAGUUGGUUAUGCGUUGUGCUGGAGAAGUUCUCUGUGGAGAGACCAACUUUGGACACUUGAUAUUUUUGGAACAAGUAAAGGUAUCGGAAGAUCUAUUGCAAGCCAUUAUUACUUGGAAUGCGCGUUCCACUUUAGCAAGCGAUAGUCUUAUUGACUAUGUCGUACUGCAUCCUUAAGGAGAAUACCUCGAGUCAAAUUUG